UUUAACAGUUUUCGUAUCAUGGGUGAAUCUUGAUUUGGGUAUAGAGACAUGCUUUUACGAUGGAAUGAACUCUCAAGCAAAAGUGCUCCUUCAACUUGUCUUCCCAGCUUACUUGUUUCUUCUAAUGUUUCUUGUUAUAAUUUUGAGCAACUAUUUUGACUCGUUUGCAAAGCUCCUCUCCAACAGGAACCCAGUUGCUGCCCUAGGCACACUCGUCCUACUCUCUUAUUCUAAAUUUUUACGGUUUAUCAUUGCUGCACUACAAUACAGGGUCUUGGAUUAUCCUGACGGUUCAACAAACACUGUUUGGUUGUAUGACGGCAAUGUUCAAUACUUCACUCCCAAUCACAUUCCUCAGUUUUUUGCUGCUGCCAUUAUCCUCAUUGCUGGUGGAUUGUUCACUGUACUGCUCUUCUUUGGACAAUGGCUUCCGCACUGUUCAAAAGUUAUGAAAUGGACUAAGAACACAAAAUACAUCGGCUUCAUGGAUGCAUACCAUGCUCCAUUCACUCCCAAGCAUCGCUACUGGGUGGGACUGCUCCUCUUCGCUCUGAUUGCUCAUAAUCUAGUAGUUGCAAUGGCUCCAGACACUUCUCUCCCUGUUCUAUCAGCUGGGUGUAUUGCAGUCGGACUGAUAUCAUUGAACAACCGAGUGUAUAAAAAGCAACUUAAUGAAUAUCUAGAAACAUUGUUUCUACUUAACCUCUGCAUUCUAUCCUAUGCCACUUCCUAUGUUGUUGAAACAAACCGACAACAAGAAACACUGGCUUUUUUUUCAAUGUCUAUAGCUUUCAUACUCUUUGUGAUAAUAAUCAGCUACCAUUUCCACCACUUCAUACUGAAGAAGACCAAAAUAUGGCUCAAGAUAAAGGAAGUUGUUAACUAUGUCAAAAGGAACUUAUGUGCUGGUGCUGCAGACAUUAGACUCCGACGAGCUAACAAUGCCCGGAAAAUGUAUCAGCAAGUAUAGCCGAUGAAAAUGAUGAUGAUGAAUUACUCAAAGCAGUAGACGACUAUGAACAAAGAGACGCCUUAAACCCACCUUACACUGAUGGAGCAAUGGAAGAAGCUGACCCUGAUCGUUACAUCACUCCUCCCAUCAUCAGACCAGCCACGAGGCCGGACCAGCUGAGACUAUCCUACAUGGAUGAACUAGCCCUCCUCGCCGCAGAGGACUACAGACCAGCCCCUCCCCCUCAAAGAGUCAACCGUCGUCCAGUUGUUACACACACAGAAAUCGGUCCGAUACACAAUGAAGUGUGAACUGUCUUAUUUAGCUGAGGUACCUUUAUAACAUGUACAACUUAAAUAAUAUUCGUAGACAUAUCGACAGUUACUGACGUUAGCAAUUGUUUAUGUUGCAACAUUGUAA